ACUCUACACUGUUUCGGCGCUUCCCAACACUGUUGUUUUCAUAGUUUUCUUGGGUCGAUUCGGUUGCUGGAAUUUUGAGAACGAAUUUAUUCGUAUUGUUUAAGUAAUAGACAUCAGUGACGACAGGCGGCCACCAUGGGUUCCCUGUUCCGAAGCGAGGAAAUGGCACUGUGCCAGUUGUUCUUGCAGAGCGAGGCUGCCUACGCUUGUGUCUCGGAAUUGGGUGAGCUGGGACUGGUCCAGUUCCGUGAUCUCAAUCCCGAUGUAAACGCCUUCCAACGCAAGUUCGUCAAUGAGGUGCGUCGCUGCGAUGAAAUGGAGCGCAAGCUGCGCUACCUGGAGAAGGAGAUCAAGAAGGAUGGCAUUCCCAUGCUGGAUACGGGCGAGAGUCCCGAAGCACCCCAGCCCCGCGAGAUGAUCGAUCUGGAGGCCACGUUUGAGAAGCUGGAGAACGAGCUGAGGGAGGUGAACCAGAAUGCCGAGGCCCUGAAACGCAACUUCCUGGAGCUGACCGAGCUGAAGCACAUUCUGCGCAAGACCCAAGUCUUUUUCGACGAGUCGGUGCCCACGGUGUACAAGUCAAGUAGCGCAUACUCAUCCGCCAAAUAUCGGCGCUAUCUGCAGAUGGCCGACAACCAGAACGAGGACGAGCAGGCGCAGCUGCUGGGCGAGGAGGGUGCCCGUGCCAGCCAGCCGGGCCAGAAUUUGAAGCUUGGCUUUGUGGCUGGCGUUAUUCUCCGGGAGCGGCUGCCGGCCUUCGAGCGGAUGCUGUGGCGCGCUUGCCGGGGCAAUGUUUUUCUCCGACAAGCCAUGAUCGAGACGCCCUUGGAGGAUCCGACUAAUGGCGACCAAGUGCACAAGUCGGUGUUCAUCAUCUUCUUCCAGGGGGACCAGCUGAAGACGCGGGUGAAGAAGAUCUGCGAGGGCUUCCGCGCCACACUCUAUCCCUGCCCCGAGGCACCGGCUGAUCGGCGGGAGAUGGCCAUGGGCGUGAUGACCCGCAUCGAGGACCUGAACACCGUGCUCGGCCAGACGCAGGAUCACCGACACCGUGUCCUCGUCGCUGCCGCGAAGAACCUGAAGAACUGGUUCGUGAAAGUGCGCAAGAUCAAGGCCAUUUACCACACUCUGAAUCUCUUCAACUUGGACGUGACCCAGAAGUGCCUGAUCGCCGAGUGUUGGGUUCCGCUGUUGGACAUUGAGACCAUUCAGUUGGCUCUGCGGCGGGGCACUGAGAGAUCGGGCUCAUCGGUGCCGCCCAUUCUCAACAGGAUGCAGACAUUCGAGAAUCCUCCGACCUACAAUCGGACCAAUAAGUUCACCAAGGCCUUCCAGGCCCUGAUCGAUGCCUAUGGCGUGGCCAGUUAUCGGGAAAUGAACCCAGCACCCUAUACCAUCAUUACGUUCCCCUUCCUGUUUGCCGUGAUGUUUGGGGAUCUGGGUCACGGUGCUAUAAUGGCGCUCUUCGGUCUCUGGAUGAUUCGGAAGGAAAAGGGGCUGGCGGCUCAGAAGACGGAUAAUGAGAUCUGGAACAUCUUCUUCGGCGGUCGCUACAUCAUAUUCCUCAUGGGCGUGUUCUCCAUGUACACUGGCUUGAUAUACAAUGAUAUCUUCUCAAAGUCUCUGAAUAUCUUUGGCUCCCACUGGCACAUGUCGUACAACAAGUCGACGGUGCUGGAGAACAAGUACCUUCAGCUGAACCCCAAGGGCGAUUACGAGGGUGAUCCGUAUCCCUUCGGCAUGGACCCCAUUUGGCAAGUGGCUGGCGCGAACAAGAUCAUCUUCCACAACGCCUACAAGAUGAAGAUCUCCAUUAUAUUCGGCGUCAUCCACAUGAUAUUCGGAGUCGUGAUGAGCUGGCACAAUCACACCUACUUCCGCAACAGGAUCUCCAUGCUGUACGAGUUCAUUCCCCAGCUGGUCUUCCUGCUGCUGCUUUUCUUCUACAUGGUCCUGUUGAUGUUCAUCAAGUGGAUCAAGUUCGCAGCUACCAAUGCCAAGCCCUAUUCGGAGGCAUGUGCUCCUUCCAUCCUGAUUACUUUCAUCGAUAUGGUUCUGUUCAACACCCCCAAGGCUCCUCCUCAGGACUGCGAAACGUAUAUGUUCUUCGGUCAGCACUUCAUUCAGGUGCUCUUCGUGCUCGUCGCCGUUGGCUGUAUUCCCGUGAUGCUUCUGGCCAAGCCCUUGCUGAUUAUGCAGGCUCGCAAACAGGCGAACGAAGAGGUCCAGCCCAUUGCCGGAGCCACUUCGGAUGCCGAAACUGGUGGUGUCUCUAAUGGCGGCUCUCAUGGUGGCGGUGGCGGUCCCCACGAAGAGGAAGAGGAGCUCUCCGAGAUAUUCAUUCACCAGAGCAUCCACACCAUCGAGUAUGUUUUGGGCUCUGUCUCCCACACCGCCUCCUAUCUCCGAUUGUGGGCUCUGUCCCUUGCCCAUGCACAGCUGGCUGAGGUGCUGUGGACCAUGGUGCUGUCCAUUGGCCUGAAGCAGGAGGGCUGGCUGGGAGGCAUCAUUUUAACCUGUGUGUUUGCCUUCUGGGCGAUUCUAACCGUUGGCAUUUUGGUGCUUAUGGAGGGUCUGUCUGCCUUCCUGCACACCCUACGCUUGCACUGGGUGGAGUUCCAGAGCAAGUUCUACAAGGGCCAGGGCUACGCAUUCCAGCCCUUCUCGUUUGACGCCAUCAUUGAGAACGGAGCUGCUUCCGCCGAAGCCGAGUAAAUGGCACUAGGAAGAAUCCCUUGGAGCAAAACCAAAGCAUGUCGAGAGUCUCAUUGCGUUAUGCAGCUGCAUAUGAAAUUAACUAUCUAACUAGACAGAUCUUAGUGUUUAAACGGAAUUUCAAAGUUGAAAAGUAACAAAGUAAAAUAUGUACGCUUUAGUGUUGAAUUAUCGUGAAUUUAUCUAUCGCAUAUAGUCCCCAAUAUAAUUAAUGUUCUGCGUAAACGUUUAUCGUGUUUAUUAACUAUACUUGUAUACUCUUAAAUAAAUAUUUAAAAAAAACUAACCCCAUAGGGGUUGGUGCUAAAAACAAGA